UUAGGUGGCUAAAAGGGGUUUAACACAAGAUGCUUAAAUGAACAGACGUCGAAUAAAAAAACAGCCCCAAAAGCACGUGAUACAUGUAAGUCAGGUCAAACAAGACUUAUCAGUUCUGUUUGGAUUUGCCUUGCAGAUGACAGUAUGGACAGCGCCCGUGAACGUUGCGCUUACUUAGAAAGCUCAGUGGAUGUCAGUUAAUGAUUUUGCUGGAAAUAUACAUGGUGAACUUAGACAAUUUUGCCGAGAAAAUCCUUGAUCAUGCUUUCAGCAUGUCAGCAAAUCUUGGCCGUUUCUGCCACUGUCAACUUGUGUUGUCUGACGUUUUUUCUAAGUCGACGUUGUCUGCGGGCUUUAGGCGACAGCUUUUUAGGGGAAAAGGCUGGGUUUUUGCGUAGACUUUCCAUUCUCGAUGAAGACAAUGGGGCACCGAUCUCCAGACUAAUUUCAUUCCAUUCCAUGUCUUGGGCUUUGUUGAUAUUUGGUAUAUAUCUGGCCACGGCAACACCUGUGAUGCGUCAUCCCUUUGUCACACUUAACACACUCCUAGGUGGCAACGCUGACACAAACCCUAAAGUUACGCCAACCACCAGUUAUUACGAGGACCUCAUAAACGUCGCAUUCGCCAUCAACAUUGGCAAGUACGUCUAUAAACUAUGCCAGGACUGUAUCCUUGUCGACCAUGUUCUUUUCAAAUUAGACAGUAUUCACCACGUCGUUACUAUAGCAUGCUACAGCAUUUUUCUACUUUUCCGAGAAAAUAUGGUUCUUGGCAUUACGGGAUUGUUGAUGGAGGGGAGUCCUUUGUUUGUUGACUGUGCGAAAAUAAUGAAGCAGGGCAACUUGGAAAAAGACAGCAAGAAUGCGUAUAUUUCACUGCUGAUAGCAUCGCUUGUGAUGACGUCGAUGCUGCGCCUAGUUGUUCCAGCGAUUCUGCUGAUUGUGUCUGCUGUGACAGCGAGCCCAUUCACAAUGCACUACGCCUCACUAUCCGCCUUCUUCCUCAGUAUUACAUUCUUCACCGUGCUGAGCCUAUGGACACUUAAAGCGGGGGCAGUAUCUCUGAGAAAAGCCGUUAUUGUCAGAAAAAUGCGCACUUUUGAAAAAGCUCUCCAGCCGGUCAUAAAAAACAAGGCCCCUUUAGAAGAGAGGGAAGUUAUAGAACUGACAAACAGAUCGUCAAUUUCAGUUGUGAAAAACGACUUCCAAUAUUCCAGAGCUUAUUCCAAUAUUAACGUCAACUGCCUAGACACCAACGAUGUGCCCCAAAGAAAUUUAUCGGCGAACAAGCAAGUUAAUAAAGUGAACGUGAAACUGUUACUGCAAUAUUCCAGGGACCACCAAACGGGACUUGAUCUACAAGACACUGCUAUCCACCUGCCUUCGGCUUCCGGUCAAGAGAACACACCUGCUGAGACUGGGGUGUUUUGAGAUGCGGAGUAAUUGGAAACAAAUUUUCUGUAAUCGCCGUUGCCUUAGGCGUUCGGUUAAGGGUACAUACAUUUAUAUCGGGUAAAUGACGAUGCGCGUUUUCAGUGACUCACAUAUUGUCCAUGAUGAUUCCAUGAAAUUUUAAUGUAUGCAUCUCUAUAGCACUGCGUUGUUAUGUAAGUGGAAUAAGUGAUAAAAGACUCGAUAGUUUUUUGUAAAAUCUCUAUGGCACGUAAUUCAAAAUCUAAGCCAAUAAACGGCAAGUGGUUCAGUUUCAUAUGUAAUCUUUUCUUUUUUAUCUUCUUUUGUUUUUUUUGUUUUUGGUGUUUUUGUUGUUAUGAUAAUAUUUAGACUUCUUCGAGAAAGAUAACAUUCCCCAAAUUUCUAAAAUAAGGUUAAUUUAUUCGCUGACUACCUUCUCGGUCAUACGAGCUCCUAAGUCGUGACUUUGGAUUACCAUUACGACUUAGGUGGGCCAAUAAUUACAAACAGGACAUUUAAAUAUAGACAAUAUACUAUAUGAAUUCCGA